AUGCCUCCGUUGGAUGCCGCAAAGCCACCCUCUCACCGGAACUCCAACUCUUUGGUAAACAACAUCAAAAGCCCCAUCUCCCUUGCCCCAGAGAGGCAUCACCCUGCUCCCGGGCUGAGGGACAGCCACAGGGGAGUCAUAGACCCAUCUCUGUUGGAGCAAGACAGUGAUGUGGACAUGCAGAGCCUGCUGGUGAAUCUGAGAGGCCAGUUUCUCCGGACCUUCAACCUGUCUGGCCUGGGCCCUCCUGCCCAGCCACCUGGCAGUGCCCGUGUGGAGCCUCCUGAGUACAUGAUGGAGUUGUACAACCGCUUCGCCAAUGACCGCACCGCCAUGCCCACCUCCAACAUCAUCCGCAGCUUCAAGAAUGAAGACUCACCUCCCUGCAGUUUGGGUAGUGGAGGGGUGAGACGACACCCUCUGCUCUUCAACGUAUCCAUACCCCACAAUGAGCGUAUCACAACCGCAGAGCUGCGUCUCUAUACUUUGGUCCAGACUGAUCGCAACCUCUACGCUGGGGUCGACCGCAAGGUGACCAUCUAUGAGCUGGAGCAGCAGGAUGGAACAGGGGAGAACAAUAGAACAGAGGACAACAGAACAGGGGAGGACAACAGAACAGGGGAGGACACUGAGAAAGGAGGAGGAGGUGGAGGACGGGAGCAGUUAGUGGAGCUGGCAUCACGGCAGGUCUAUGGUACUGAUAACGGCUGGGAGGCCUUUGACCUGACCGCUGCUGUCCAACGCUGGCGCAAGUCAGAGUACGGCACAACCCACAGGCUGGAGGUGCACAUAGCAAGCCUGGCCUCUGAGGGGAACGGAGGGCAGGCACUGGCAGAGGGCGAGGGAGAAGGAGAGGAAGAGGGGAGGAGGACAUUUAGGGAAGAGAUGGAAAUAGACACCAGCCCAGAGGACAAACACAAACCCCUGAUGAUCGUCUUCUCCAAUGACCAGAGCGGUGAUCACCGUGACGAGAAGCAGGAGCUGAACGAGAUGAUUGGACACYAGACUUCGGAGGCGGUGCUUCAGGGUGACCUGGGGCUGGGGCUGGGGCUGAAUGGGCUAUGGGGGGAGCUGAGCCGGGGCCAGGAAGAGCAGGACGAAGAGGCCCUGAUCCAGAUGCACUCUAACCUAAUCUAUGACACAGCCUCUAGGAUACGCCGCAACGCCAAGGGCAACCAGUGCAUGAAACAGUCCCUCUAUGUGGAGUUUGAAGACAUCGGCUGGGACAGCUGGAUCCUAGCGCCGGCUGGGUACGAGGCCUUUGAGUGCAGCGGCAUCUGCGCGUAUCCACUGACCGAACACGUGACGCCCACCAAGCACGCCAUCGUCCAGACACUGGUGAGCAUGAAGAGCCCGCAGAGGGUGGUGCGAGCCUGCUGUGUGCCUACCAAGCUGGAUCCUAUCUCCCUGCUUUACCUGGAUGACACAGGAGUGGUCACGUACAAGUAUAGGUUUGAGGGCAUGGUGGUGGCAGAGUGUGGCUGCAGAUAG